GGGCCGGGCUGAGGGGGAAGCCCCGCCCGGGGGAAGGGCCGGGGCCGGGCCGGGCCGGGCCCGGGGUGGCGGGGAGAGCGGCCCGGCGGGCGGGGGCCAUGGCCAAGGCCUACGACCACCUCUUCAAGCUGCUGCUCAUCGGGGACAGCGGCGUGGGCAAGACCUGCCUCAUCAUCCGCUUCGCCGAGGACAACUUCACCAGCACCUACAUCUCCACCAUCGGGAUCGACUUCAAAAUCCGCACGGUGGACAUCGACGGGAAGAAGAUCAAGCUGCAGGUCUGGGACACGGCGGGACAAGAGCGCUUCAAAACCAUCACGACGGCUUAUUACCGCGGUGCUGUGGGCAUCAUCCUGGUGUACGACAUCACCGACGCGAAAUCCUUCGAGAAUAUCCAGAACUGGAUGAAGAGCAUCAAGGAGAAUGCAUCCGCCGGGGUCGAGCGUCUCCUCAUCGGCAACAAGUGUGACAUGGAGGCCAAGCGCAAGGUGCAGCGGGACGAGGCUGAGAAGCUGGCGAAGGAGCACGGGAUCCGCUUCUUCGAGACCAGCGCCAAGUCCAGCGUGAACGUGGAGGAGGCCUUCAGCACGCUGGCGCGGGACAUCCUGCAGAAAUCCUCCCGGAAAGCCGCCCCCAGCAGCAACAGGCCCCUGCUGGAGUCCGGCCCUCCGAGGAAGGCCGGGGGCCCCGCCCCUCCCGUUUCUCCCAGCUGUCCCCGCGCGUCAAGAUGGCGGCGCUCCCGGAGCUCCGGGUCCCGGUCCCGGUCCGGUAAUCCCGCCGCUCCCAUGGGGCCCCGCGGUCUCUCCGGGCCGCGCUGCUGCGCCCUCUGCGCCGUGCUGGGCGCCCUGGCGGGGCUCGCUCUCUACAGGCCGGCGGCGGCGGCAAUGGUGGCGAACGACGAGAGGCGCUCGGCGAGCCCGGUGGCGGCCACGCCGUGCUGGCGGCUGGAGGACUUCGUGGUGGCCCAGGAGUGCGCCCGCUGCUCCAGCUUCCAGGCGAAGACGUUACCGGAGUGCAGCCGCACCGGCUUCAUUGAGAAGAUCAACUGUGCCACCUCCAAGAGGGAAGAGUACAAGAGCUGCCGCUCGGCUGUGAUGGAGGCUCGCGUCUUCUGGAGGUUCGUGGGCUCCAUGAUGUGCGUGGCCGCCGUCUUUGCCGUGCUGGUGGUUUGGCGGCAGCGCGUGCUGGACAGGAAGGCGCUGGAGAAGGUCCGCAAGCAGAUCGAGUCCAUUUAGCAGAGCCCGCGAUGGGGAGGUCGGCGCUCCCGCCGCUCCCGGCUGGGUGGGAGGAGGACGGAGCGCCUGGGACAGGCCCUGCGCUGCGCCAUGAACACGGGGACCUGCUGGGAGCCCCCCCGGCUGUCUCAGACACACCGGGGUGUCCCAUGGAGCUGGCUGAGGGGGGGUCGUGCUCGCGCGGGGCUGGGCCGGGACCCUGGGGAGCGUGGUGUGGAAUAAAUCCUGAUCAGUGUCACCACA